AUGAGCGCCGCCGCGCCUGUUGAGAAGAAGAAGAAGCCUUCGGCCCUGCGCUCCAUCAUUGCUGGUUCCAGCGCUGGUGCCGUCGAGAUCGCCAUCACUUAUCCCGCCGAAUUCGCAAAGACUCGAUCGCAACUCAAUCGCCGUCUCGCCGCAGGCAAGAAGCUACCAUGGCCGCCGUUCGGUAGUCAAUGGUAUGCUGGAUGUACCACUCUUAUCAUCGGCAACUCCAUCAAGGCUGGCGUCCGUUUCGUCGCUUUCGAUGCAUACAAGAACAUGCUGUCAAGUCCCGACGGCACUAUCAGCGGCCCUGCUACCGUCAUUGCUGGCUUCGGUGCCGGUGUCACCGAGAGUUUGAUGGCCGUCACCCCCUUCGAGAGCAUCAAGACUCAGUUGAUCGACGACCGCAAGGCUGCUCAACCCAGGAUGAAGGGCUUCCUACACGGUAGCCGGCUGAUCGCCCACGAACAGGGCCUGCGUGGUUUCUUCAAGGGCUUUGUACCUACCACAGCAAGGCAAGCUGCAAACUCGGCCGUCAGAUUCAGCAGUUAUACCAGUUUGAGGCAGUUGGCUCAGAGCUAUGCCGCCCCCGGUGAGAAGCUUGGUGCUCUGAGCACCUUUGGUAUUGGUGGUGUCGCUGGAAUCAUCACAGUAUACGUUACUAUGCCUUUGGACACGGUCAAGACAAGAAUGCAAUCCAUUGAAGCAAAGAGCGAGUACAAGAACAGCUUCAAUUGUGCCGCGCGUGUUGUCAGAGAGGAAGGUUUUCUCACCCUCUGGUCUGGUGCUGUGCCCAGACUUGGUCGUCUCAUCCUGAGCGGUGGUAUAGUCUUUACCAUGUACGAGAAGACCAUGGAUUUGCUUGACAGAUUAGACCCAGAGAAGAAAUACCUCUAAGCUCAAUGAUGCAUUCGAAGCUUGG